GGCUUAGGGGCUCAGGAACAAGGAGCCACGGAUCAUAUUAAAGUUCAAGUUAAAAACGACCACCUGGGACUUGGAGCUGCAAUCAGUAAUGAAGACAACUGGAUUGCUCAUCAGGAUGGUUUUAACCAGCUUCUGGCUGAACUGAACAAUUGCCACGGGCAGGAAACAGCAGACUUCUCAGAUGACAAGAAAAAGAAAUCUUUUAGCCUUGAGGAAAAAUCCAAAGUCUCCAAAAAUCGUGUUCAUUAUAUGAAAUUCACAAAAGGAAAGGAUCUGUCAUGUCGGAGCAAAAAAGAUCUUGACUGCAUUUUUGGGAAAAGACAGAGCAAGAAGGCUUCUGAGGGUAAUCCCAGCCCCUCUCCUCCGGAUGGGAACGAAACCACGACCACAACCAGUGCUUUCACCAUCCAGGAAUAUUUUGCCAAGCGGAUGGCAGAGCUGAGGAACAAGUCCCAGGUCCCGGCGCCAGGGCCUGGUGCUUCUGAGAGCCGAGUGGGGUGCAGAAGGGGAAGGAAGAGGAACCGGGAGGCAACAGGCAAACACGUGGAGCCCAAGGCCGAGCAGCCUGGAAGGGAGCAGCUUGAGGGAGAAGAGAGCCCGAGAGGGGCAGCGCCCCAGGACCGCUGCGGGGACGAGAGUUCUGAGGCGUGUGCUGAGGGUGUGGCGACGUCCCCCAAUGGCCAGGGUUUUAUCCUGAAGUCCAAGAAAAGGAAAGGAAAGAAAAAGCUGCGACGGCCGGUAGAGGUGGCCGUGGACACCAUGCUGGAAGAAAUGCCGGUGGCAAAGAAGAAGAAAAAGAAGAAAGGCUCCAGAUGAGCUGUCUGCAGCCAGAGCCUUCUGACCACGCACGGUCAGGCCUGCAGGUAGACAGCUCCAGCCUGAAGUCAGAGCGGAGUUAGCCGCAGGGAGUGCGGGUGCAUCUGGUGGCAGGACUGCCGCGGAUUGCUGAGUCUUGCCCUCUCACCACAUCUUCUCCAACUUGCGUUCCCAGGAGGACUUUUUCUAGUGUUCUGAAUCAUGGCUCUCACAACAAAUAAAUUUUUGUAAGCUCUGAG